AUGACUCGUUAUUCUGUAUUAUUGUUGGCAUUUCUGUGCGCUUUGGUAACUGCCUCGCCUGUUUUCCCAGCGUUUUUCAGCUUCCCAGGCACCCGGUCUGGAAACAAGCCCAUUUCGGGCGAUUCGCCGCUGCAGCAGUGCGAUGUGGACGAAAAACAGGUUUUGGAUAUCAAAUUGGUCAAUUUGUUGCCCAAUCCUCCCGUUCGUGGGGAAAACGUCACUGUUUCCGCUGCAGGCUACGUGAAAGAGACCAUCGAGAAGGGCGCGUACGUGGACGUUGAAGUGCGUCUUGGAUACAUCAAGCUGCUGUCACAAACGUACGAUUUGUGUGAAGAACUUGAGAACAACGAUGUCGGUGGUCUCAAGUGCCCCAUCAAAGCGGGCGACUACAUGAUCGAAAAAUCUGUUGAAAUUCCUCAGGAGGUGCCUCCAGGGAAAUACACCGUUUUGGCUCGCGCCUACACCGAGGAUGACGACGAAAUUACUUGUUUGAGCGGCGAAAUUUACUUUCCAGCUUAUUAA